ACACCUGCAGGCUGACAGCUACACCUGAUAGCUUCACUCUCACAGGGCUUCCAGUCUGACUGUUGUUUAUGUUCUGGCCUCUCAUGCUCCCUCAGUUUGUGACCUAAACUUUGAAUCUGUGCAUGCAAUGGUUAUAUUUGAAGAUAUUUUGUCAUGUGGAACCAAGCCUGCAGUCAGUCCCCUGCUGGGACGACCAGCCACAAAGCAGUGAUAUCAAAGAGAGCUUUUCUUCAGAUUUUACCGUGCACAGUGUCUCAGCUGCUGUCUGCUUCAGAGGUCGGCAGUGAUUCUUCUUUUGUGAUAUGUGACUCAGAGCUCAACCAGGUGUCAGUGGUGGGCAUCAUCAGAGGCUGUGCCCCCUUCGUGACAAACAUCCAGUACUCUGUGGACGACAUGACAGGUCCACCUCUUCAAGUGAAGCAGUGGGUCAACUUGAAGGACUGCGCUCCGAUGACACGUGUGCCUCCUGGAUCGUACGUGAAGGUCAUUGGAAGUCUACGUAGUUUCAGGGGUCAAAGGAUGUUGUUGGCGAUGGAUAUCCGGAGUAUCAAGGACUUGAAUGAGAUCACAUCCCACAUGUUGGAGGUGGUAGAAGCCCAUAUGAAGCUUUGUGGAAAGGCUUAUGAUGUGAAUAUGAACCUCACUGCUUCGUCGUCUUCUGGGAGAGUCUCUGGGAACAAUGAAGAACAUGAAGGCCUCCUACCAAACGGGUUUUCCAUCGUUCAGAAUCAGGUGUUCAAUGUCGUCAGGAAGUUUUCCGUCCAGUUUGAGGGCAUCAGUUUGAAUGACCUGAAGAGUCAGCUGGAAGACAUCAGCAUGAGAAACAUCAGGAGAGCUUUGACCUUUCUGAUCGAUGAAGGUCAUGUCUUCACUACUGUUGAUGAGCAGCAUUACAAGUCAACAGCAUUAUGAAGACAUCACAGCCCAGGAUCAAAACCGAGCGUGUACCCAAACUGUAGGGUCACUUUUGUAUGAAUUGUUUUGCCACUUUUAGUCCCUUACUGAUGAUUUAAUGAAGCUAGAGGUCCUCUCUGUGUCUGUUUGUUUAGCUUCUGUAAUUUGUUGCCUGUAAAUAAUUAGUUCACAUUUGUAUAAUCCAGGCUUAUUUAAGUUUGUUUUAUUGUUUUGUUUCUAAUUUAUUUGUUUUCAGAAUGAGUGGUAAACAAGCAAAAUAAGUCAUUCCUGUAUAUAAAGAGAGAAGUUCCAAAUGUA